UGCAGAUGCAAAGCGCGAGCUGAAGUUGGCACCAGGCGUGUGGCACGUACACAGUCUGCAGGAGUCCCUGGAGGAGGGGUUACAGGGGAGCAGCAGUAAUCUGAUCAACAAAGUUUUCCCUCAGAGACGUAAAGUCCUCAUCCUCGGUGUGUUUCUGCAGCAGCUCGGACUCCAGCGGAGGAAACAACCAAAAUAAAACCCCAAACGUGGCUGAAAACCUGAAAAUAUAUUCAUUAAAAGGCAAUAACUAAACCUCCGAAGACAUGAGUAAGCGUGAAGGUGAAGGUCCUCGGAGAAACGCUGAUGCCGUGCAGGGUCGUGACGUGAGCGCCAACCCUUCCUCCCCUGUCAUCGCUGCGUUUAAAGUUUUCCAGCAGGAGUUGGACACCAAACACGACAAAUAUGAGCGUCUUGUUAAGAUCAGUCGAGACGUCACGAUCGAGAGCAAGAGGACCAUCUUCCUCCUACACAGAGUGACAAGUGUUCCAGAUCCAGAGGAGAUUCUGAAUGACGCCGAAGUCAAGCUGGAUGGAGUUCGACAGAAAAUUGGAAAUAUAGCUGAAGAGCUGCGAGGAGAGGACAUCCAUCAGUUUCACAGAGCGUUCACACCAGGGAUCCAGGAGUACGUGGAGGCCGUCUCGUUCCUGCAUUACAUCCGUCAGCGCAGCCUCAUCAGCCUGGAGGAGAUCAACGCCCGGCUGGUGUUCAUGAGACCAGAGAAGGGCUCAGCUGAAGCUCCGCCUACAGGCGCUCAGGUCCUCACCUUCCAGGUGACUCCCUCAGACUACCUGCUGGGCGUGGCCGACCUGACCGGGGAGCUGAUGCGGAUGUGCAUCAGCAGCGUGGGCAACGGAGACAUCGACACGCCCUUCCAGCUGAGCCAGUUCCUGCGUCAGAUCCACGACGGGUUCUCCUACAUCGGGAACACGGGUCCUUACGAGGUGUCCAAGAAGCUGCACACGCUCCGUCAGAGUCUGGGGAAGGUGGAGGACGCGUGCUACGCCCUGCGAGUCCGCGGCUCCGAGAUCCCCAAACACAUGUUAGCCGACGUGUUCUCCAGCCGGGGCGCGCUCAUCGACCCCGAGGAGGGCGUCGUUUGAUUUUUGCAACGUGUUUUUUUUUACGUUCUCUUUGUUGUUCGCUCGGUUUCAUCAUGUGUGUGUUUGAAUGUUCGAUACGCUGGUUACGUUUCAUUAAUAACACUUGUUAUUACACUACGAGUUCACGCUCGCACAAAGAUCAGCUUCAGUUUCUCUGCAUCAAUAAAAGUUCUGUUCCAAACCU